AUGCAUACGUCUGUAAGGCAUGCGCCUGCGUGCAGCAGUAGCAGCAGCAGCGGCAGUGUCUCUCAACAGCGGCAGCGGCGCCAUGCGCCCGAGCACCAGCGGCGGCGCCGCGCGCUGCGGGUAGCGGCGUCCGGCGUCGACCUGGCGCGCGAGAAGAUCAAGCUGCCGCCGCCGCCGUCCGAGUCCAAGGGCAUUACGUACAAGAUCACCCUCGUCGCCGGCGACGACGACUCGCGCACGUUUGACUGCCCCGACAACAAAUACAUCCUCGACGCCGCCGAGGCCGCCGGCCUCGACCUGCCGGCCACCUGCCGCGCGGGCAUCUGCGGCGCCUGCGUCGCGCGCCGCACCGCCGGCUCCAUCGACCAGUCGGACAUCGCCGACCUGUCGUUCACCCUAACCGACGACGAGGUCGAGGCGGGCAUGACGCUGCUGUGCAUGAGCCGCGCGACGAGCGACGUGACGCUGGAGACGCAGUCGGACUGGGGCUACUCGCUGGGCAUCACCGAGUGGAAGGGGGCGACGGGAACGUUUUCGGCGAAGCCGGACCCGCUCAUGGGAACCAGCUGGACGGAGGGCGACCCCAAGUGA